AUCUUAUCAUCACAAUUUCACAAGAAAAAAACAAGAACGCAUUUACUUUCCUUUUAAUAAAGGGCAGCUGCAGGAGGAGGCAUACUCAUACAAAAUCAUGGAAAAGAAACACACAUAAUAAACAACAAUUAAUUUCAUCAGCACUAGCUCUGCAGUAGCAGGGUUUUGUUUAUUAAGCUUCCAUCCUCCUCGUGCGUAUCGUGAGGAGCCUCUUCUUAAACUCACUCUCUCUUCAACUUAAGAUCCUCUCUGCAACUUCUUCAAAAGUACAGCAGCUGAAAGAGUGAGGAAGAAGAUGACAAACAAAUCCCCAAUAUUUCCAAUACCACAGCACCCCAAUCACUUCAGUGACUAUGGAUUCGAUCCUCAGAUGGAUUACUUACAGGUAUUGGAAGAAGCAAAGAAGCAUAAAAAAGAGAAAUUUCUUCCAUCAUCAUCAUCAACAACAACAUCAAGAUCUGUAGAGUCAUUACAUUUCAAAUUACAGAAACCCAUAUCAAAAGAAGAAUCAAAGAAGAAGAAAAACAAGUCCAAAUGGUGGAAAAAUGCAUUGUUGUUCUGUAAAAAGAAAUGGGUUUAUCAGAAUGAUCAAGUUGUUGAUCAUCAUUUUGGUGAUAAUAACAAUUAUAUCAAGAAUCAACAAGGUAGUAGUAAUUACAGAGGUACAAUAUCAGGGCCAAUUUACAUUACUGAAAGUAGAAGCGGAUCAAGUACACCAUGUCGUUCGACAUCAGGUCCAUUAUCAUCAACAUCAGCAGCAUGGACGUUGAUACCAGCAACAAAGGGCAGUGAAGUUCCUUACUUGAAUCUAAGAGAAAUGAAUUUAGAUCAGCAUCAUAGAAUUUCUACUACUACUACUACUACUACUAAUCCAAUGCCAAUCUAUUUAGUUACUUAACUAAUUAGAUCUUCUUUCUUUGUUAAUGGAAUUUCACUUUUUUCUUCUGGGAGUAAAUCAGGGGAAGUUUGUCGAAUUUUCUUUUAGGUUGUCUGUGUGGGGUUCUUUAAUUUGUUCUGUUUUGUUGUUUUUAUUAGGUUUUUGAUUUGAUUUACUGUUUGCAACUCAACUGGUUGUUUGACACAAGUACCCUCUGUAUCUGUCAGUCAGCUUCAUAAUGAAAUGAAAUGAAAUCAGAAAUUGUGUCAA